AUGUCCUUCAACCGCCUUGUCCGUUUCGUCCCAGCUAGCGACUCCAAGGCAGUCCUGAUCGGUGAACCUGUCGAUGCUGAACUCGAUGUUGGUCUUGCUAUCCGCAAAGGCGAUGAGGUCGAAGUCAAGGUGUUCAGCGGCAAGUCUGCUCUGAACCCUGGUUCGCUGUCAGACAAGACCGAGAAGAUUGCCAGACUGCUGUCACCACUUUCACAAGAGGAGGUCGGCACGAUACGCUGCAUCGGAUUGAACUACAAGAGACACGCCGAAGAGGUCAAGAUGGACGCCCCAUCGGAGCCCGUCAUCUUCCUCAAGCCAGCCACCUCCCUCGCAGACCCUUACCCUGCCCCUACCGUCAUCCCCAAGCACACAAAGUCAACCGACACAGCAGACUACGAAUCCGAACUCGUCGUUGUCAUCUCCAAGCCCUGCAAGAAUGUCUCCGAGUCAGAAGCCCUCGACUAUGUCCUUGGAUACACAGCCGCCAAUGACGUUUCCAGCCGUGCCGCUCAAUUCUCCCAGAGCCAAUGGUGCUACAGCAAAGGUUUCGACGGUGCCUGCCCCAUCGGUCCCGUGUUGGCGAGCUCGAACUUGAUCCCUGACCCGAGCAAGUUGCACAUCAAGGGCAGCAAGAACGGCAACGUCAUGCAGGAUUCCGGUAUCGACGACCUCAUCUUCAGCAUCCCUAGGCUCAUCAGCUUCUGUUCUCAGGGCACUACUUUGCCUGCUGGUACCAUUAUCCUUACGGGAACUCCUGCAGGUGUUGGUGUUGGCAAGGAUCCCAAGGAGUUCUUGCGUGAUGGUGAUGAGUUCUCUGUCCAGGUUCACCCGCACAUCGGUACUUUGACAACUGUAUUUGAGGACGAAAAGUAA